AUGUCUCCGAGCGAUCCAAAUGAAUUCGUGACCGUGAGGUCAUUACUACCAACACUGCCUCUUCCCACAAAUAACGAGAGGGCCGUGGUGACGACGAAUCGCCUGACGAUACGGGCCCUCCAACCAACAGACCUGGAAGCAUUCUACGCUUUACGGACGGAAGAAGAUGUCAUGAAAUGGACCUCAGCACGUCGAAUUGACCGAGAUAUUGAGGAGACUCGGGCUAAACUGAACCCCUUCCUGUCACCGAAUGAUACGGCCACCUUCAAUUGGGCUAUCUGUUGGAAAGAUACCGGUGAAUUCAUCGGUAUUGGUGGCUGUCAUCUCUUCCCUGCUGGGCAUGGGUGGCCUGAGGUUGGGUAUAUGCUCCGCAAGGAGUUUUGGGGUCAGGGAUUGGGAUCUGAGUUCUUGAAUGCUUGGCUGAGGAUGUGGAGGGAUUUACCGAGGAAGGAACAGGAAUCGAGGGUUCAACGGAAGAUGGUGGCUGGCGAGGGUGAGGUGGAUGAACAUCUUAUUGCUAUUACGGGGGAUAGCAAUGUUCCUAGUCAGAAGGUUUUGCAGAAGGCGGGAUUUGAAAGAUUCAGAGAGUGGACUCAAGGGAGUGAGGGUGAUGGGAAGGGUAGUGUGAAGCUUGUGGCUUUCCGUUUCUUUCCGUCUAGAUAA